AUUCAUUCAGUGCAAAGCGAGAAAGAGGGACAAAGAAAGAGGGAGCGAGACACCCGAGACAGAGAGACUUGGAGAAGCAAAGACGUCAACCCCAUCAUCAACUAUUGCGGCUUGCCGACGCUGUCAUCAUACCUUGUCUUGCCGUCCUGUCCCCAACAACACCCCUGGUCACAGCCGAUUCAAACCACCACCCGCAGCGCGCUCUAUCACCCUCAUCGCCCUCAUCGCCCUCUCCGCUCUCUCUCCGCUUCGCACAGCUCUCGUCGUCGUCUUCGCGCCCUCUCUUGCACACGCCCUCAUGCAGUCUUCAACGGCGUGAGCCAUUGGAGCCGCCCUGCCGCCCGAGGCAACGAACGACUGAAGAAUGCCCUCCAAGAGGAAGGCCCACGAUGCCGAAAACAGUACCGCCCCGGCUGCUGUGCCGAAGCGACAGCGCGUGUCUCGAGCGUGCGACCAAUGCAGAAGUGCUCGAGAGAAAUGCGACGGUGUCCAGCCUCAAUGCUUCUCUUGCGUGACCUUGUCGCGCCAGUGCACCUACAACGUCGCCCCGAAGAAGCGCGGCGUCCAGACUGGCCUGAUCCGGACCCUGGAGCUCGCCCUUGUCUGGCUGUUUGACCAGGUUCCCGGAACAGAAGACAAGCUGGCCGCUCUGCUGGCUCAAGAAGGCGGGAGCGGACAGUCUCUCUUGCUGGACAAAGACAGCGACGCCGGUAAUCGCCUUCACAAGAGGUGGAGGAGGUGUCGAGUUCACAAAGACAUUGACCGACUCCUCUCCGGCAAAGACGGCGUAAGUCCACGUCAGGACACAUCUGGCGACGACUCGGACGCAGAUGUCGACGCCCGCAACAAGCGCAACGGCGACACUCCCCCAGACGGCACCGAACCCUCUCCUCAACCGACCGCCACCGAUCCGAAACCAGAAGCCACUCCAACGGAACCUGCCCCAAGGCACCGUCAUGCCUCGACAUCUCGGCGAAGGUUCAAGCUGCCAAGAAACUUUCCUCGGUUACUCUCAGUGUAUUACUCCUAUACCCACAGCUGGAUUCCAAUAUUGAACCCAAAGGAAUCGCUCGACAGCACGGCGGCUUCCUAUCCACCCGACGGUUUCGAUAUUGACCCAGAAGACUCCAACAUCAGUGCGGCACACGCUGAACUCUGGUGUGCUCUUGCUGUUGGGGCUUUCCAGGAUGCAACUUCGUCAUAUAGCUCAGGGGGGCCCGAACCUCCGGACCGGCCCAGCCUGAUACUAGCAGCUGCGCGCAGCCUUAUACCGGUCGAGACCGAGAUGGCUCUGGGCCAUGUGAAGGCCCUGCUUGUAUUGUCCUUAGUCAAGUUGGGCCAGGACAAUGCCGGAGCAGCCUCUCUACUCAUAGGUCUGGCCGUCCGAGGCGGCAUGGCCUUGACGGACAGACAAGCCCGAGACAGGCAUCGUGACUCCUUUUCGGGCCACUCGACAUCAUCGACGGAUGAUUCAUAUUCCAACUCUCUGGACCGUGUGCUGAAAACCUGCCUCAUGCUCGAUACCAUAGUAUCUCUGAGGCUUGGCCAAACACCUCACAUGAGGACAAACGAUAUGAAGGAGAGGACUACAGAAGAGACGGGACCCGAGGAAUGGGCUCCGUGGGUGCCCCGGGCUGGAUUCGGAACCGGGAAUGCCGAGGGCGCCGCCCAGCCCGUGCAGUCCUUGAGUUCGUUCAAUCAGCUCUACCAGUUCUUCCGCACUCUGAAUCAGGCCGUUGAGUCGGGGAGUGCAGGCCCCAAGAUCGGCGCCGCGAACCUUGUUCAAGCACUCGACCCCCGUUUCUCGUUUUGCAAUUCCGUAGUCUUCGGAGCCUCGACGAUACCCAUACUGCCCUCGGCCUUUCUGAUACAGGCCACCUUCCUUAGUGCAACGUUGACUCUGAUGGCCGAUGCUCGAGUCUCUCUGAUAUGGAGCCUGAUGGAGGUCCUGGAGAGCUCCAUCUCUUACUUUGGCGCAGCCGGCGUCUCGCCGCUCCUCGUCACCUACAUGAGCAUUGCUAGUACUAAAACCUGCGUCCGCGCUCUCCGGGACGAUGACAAGACCCGGUGGAACUCGCUGAUGGUAGAUCUCAUGUCAGUUUGGCAAGAUCGGACGUCAAAUAGGGAACAUUCUCCCAUGGACGCGGACCAGAGCGACCAAACGCCAACACGCGUCGAGUCUGCAACCCCGCAGCUUGCCCGGCAGGCUUCCUCUGUUCGACGAAACUCCCAAUACCCGUUUCCUAUAAACCCGGACUCUUACCACUCCAACAGCAGCGGCUUUCUACAGACGGCCUCUUCCGCUAGUCCUUCGACGGCGAGAACGAUGCCCUUCACUCCCGGGAGCCAGUUGGAUACGUUCCCUUCGGGCUUCAUGGGACACCUGCCCUCCGCCCAGGCAUCCUACCUAAUGGGACAAGGGGCUCACGGCGUUGAUUACGAUGCCAUCAUGGAUGAACUCGCUUCCAUCGACUGCACGGAUAGCAUGGAGAGCGACCCGCAGUUCAUGGCCAACCUUGGCUUCGCUCCAGGAUCAGACCUAACGGACAUGCUCCGAGGGGAGUAUGGUGGGAUGUGAGAAGUAUAAUGUAUUAUGACCUUUACUAGUCGACAAUGAACAUCGAUUCCCUACACUAAAGACGCCGUUUGAAUUGA